AUGGCGGAUGGCAGUGAUUUACACCUAGUACAUGAGUCUAACUCAGACGGACCCAGGACGGAAACUACGAUAAAUGACAAACAGAGAUUUUGGACAGAUGGAUCGGAUAUCACGGAGGAGGGCAAAUGGGUAUGGAUGACUUCCGGUAUGCCGGUUGAGAAUUACACGAACUGGGGAUCUUCACAGCCAGAUAACGGCUCCGGAGCUGUUCUUCCUUCUAACUGCCUUUGUCUUGGAAGAUGGAUGGAGUUUCAGUGGGAUGAUAAUCCAUGUUCUGAAGCCGGUCUCGUUCUCUGCGAGAAACCGGAUGUAUGA